AUGCGAGAAGAGUGUAUACCGACACCAACUUGUGAUAUGUGGCAGUCAAUUGCUUCCAACUUUGAAAGUAUCGCAAACUUCCCUCACUGCGUUGGAGCUGUGGACGGCAAGCAUAUAAGACUGACUUGUCCGUUUGACUCAGGAUCAAUGUAUUUUAAGUACAAAGAUUACUUCUCUAUUGUCCUUAUGGCUCUAGCAGACACAAAGUACAGAUUUGUUUACGUUGAUGUAGGGAGCUAUGGAACAGAGAGUCCUAAAAUACCAUACUUCUUUGUUGGAGACGAAGCAUUUGACUUACACAGACAUCUACUGAGACCAUUUGGAGGGAAACGCUUAACAGUUGAAAAAAGGGUCUUUAAUUAUUAUAGAUUGUGCAGAGCACGAAGAUAUGUGGAAUGUGCGUUUGGCAUCCUGAGCAAUAAAUGGCGUAUAUUCCAUCGCCCUAUCAACGUUCAGCCACAUUUCGCAGUGCUCAUCGUCAAUGCGUGCAUCGUAUUGCACAAUUAUGUACGUGACAGAGACGGAUAUCUUGUUGAGGACACAACGACGAUCACAGGCCUGGAAGAUGUAUCAGGGGGAAGCACUACACGAGGAGGCUUGGAAGCAAACAAUAUCAGAAGUCUUGCAACAAGAGAGGCCGAGGUCGAGCUAGUAUCAAUAAAGCGGCAAGGUACCCUCAAGGACGUUUCCGGGUACCCGAAAACCUUGGAGAUAACUCAAGGAUUUCAGGGCGCUUCAGAGAGACGGAUUCUACAUAACUACAAAACUGUGAGUAUCUACUAUCCUCCCAAUUUCAUCUCGUACCCUUCACAGCAUCCAAUGUAUUACGGUACAGUCUCUUCUCUUAUUGAGCAAGCGCCGCGUAAAUCGUACCGAGCCAUUGCCCAAUCGGAUUCUGAGAUGCAUGCCGAAUCUCGAGGUCUCAGAGACUCGACGGGAUCUAUGUCAGGGUCUCCCUAUAUCGGCCCUACGCCCUUCACCCCCCGGCACCCCCCGGCACCCCCUGACACCCCCUGGUACCCCCCGGACGCCUGCUCUGUGACGGUUGACCCGCAUCGCCCACCGGAUAUACGUUUGCGCUAUUUAAAUGUGCCGACCCUCGUGUUUGAGGAAGUAGGGUCUCGACUCGCAUCGGACAAGAGUCAAGGUCCCGCCAAUCCAUUAGGGCUAACCAGAGGUCACACCGGAACGAAUAACGGUCCAGCGACGAUUCGCGAACAGUUUCCAUAUACAUUUUACUACAAUGUUGUGACUCGUGUGCUGUGUAACAGAAUCCACUAG